CGAGGUUGAACAGCUGAUACGUUGGCAAUGAAAAAGCAUGAUGGCGUCCACAACAUGAGCAUCAGAUAACCAAGGAACCAAUGAAACUGGUAGAGCUAGAUGAUAUCGUUUCAGCCUCGCCCAAUUGCAUCAUUGUAAAGGACAAAAACCAAAAAGAAAAUCAGGAGCUUGGGUGAGCAAAAAAUAAAUAACUCGACGAGAAAACGCAAUUUUCUUCUCCCGUUUUGUCCCUGCACGCAUCAAUCAUAUUGCAAAGCAAAAGACGACAAUAAAGAGCAUGGAUGCAAUGGCUGAAUCAACAAUAACAGGAGAUGUUUAUGAUGAUGCUUACGAGACGAAAGAGGACUCAAAACAUCCAGUACAAAUAGUAUGGAGAAACGUUAUAUUAAUGUCUCUAUUGCACUUUGGAGCGCUUUAUGGACUGACACUUAUUCCAUCUGCUUCUGUCUCAACCCUUGUAUGGACGGGAGUGUGCUUUGUAAUAAGUGCUCUUGGAGUGACCGCUGGUGCCCAUCGCCUUUGGAGCCACAGGUCCUACAAGGCCUCAGUGCCAUUAAGAAUCUUCCUAGCAGUUGCCAACUCGAUGGCUUUUCAGAAUGACAUCUAUGAAUGGGCCAGAGACCAUCGUGUCCACCACAAGUAUUCGGAGACUAACGCAGACCCACACAAUGCCCGAAGAGGAUUCUUCUUCGCUCACAUUGGUUGGCUGCUUGUUCGUAAACACCCAGAUGUUAUUGAAAAAGGAAGCAAACUGGAGCUGAGUGAUCUAAAAGCAGAUGGGGUUGUAAUGUUUCAGAGGAGGCAUUACAAGUUGUCGGUGGUCGUGAUGUGCUUUCUCAUCCCCAUGUUUGUACCUUGGUUCUUUUGGGAAGAGACUCUUUGGGCAGGUUACUUUAUUCCUGGUCUGUUUAGAUACGCAGUGUCCCUUAAUGCGACCUGGCUGGUCAACAGUGCUGCCCACAUGUGGGGAAUGAGACCCUAUGACCACAACAUCAAUCCCAGAGAGAACAAGUGUGUUGCACUCUGUGCCAUUGGGGAAGGAUUCCACAACUAUCAUCACACGUUCCCCCAUGAUUAUGCUGCAAGUGAGUUUGGCAGUCGGCUGAAUGCAACCAAAGCAUUUAUAGAUAUCAUGUGCUUCUUUGGCCUGGCCAAGGAUUGCAGGAAGGUAUCUCAUGAGACCGUUAUGGCCCGUGUUAAACGCACCGGUGAUGGCAGCCACAAAAGUGGUUGAUUUGUUCAGUAAACCUAAGAAACAAAGUUAUAAUAAGCCAAAAUAUACAAACACUUUCACAACAUUUCUUAGUGUGCAAUGAAAAUUGAUAUAUGUAUAUCCUCUCUCAUAUGAAAUAAGAAACUGCAUUGAACUAAUAUUUCUUCUAAGAACUCUUUCCUUUUCGUGAUGUGUAUUGGACUGUGGGUGAUGAUUUUGGGUGAUGGUAAAGAGAUUGGAAGGAUAAUUAUGUCUCAGUCUGCCUCAAUGUUGCAGGAGAGGGUUCUUUACUAGUUAAACAGCCAUGUGCCUCAUUACAGCCCUCUGUCAUGAAUAGGUUGACCCAUGUUUUUUUCUGCUGCCUACUUCAUAAAGUUACAUGAUUUAUGAAUAUCUUUCCAGCAUGCAAUGCAAGCUGCAAAAUUUGGAUGGCAUGCUAUUAAUUUCCUGUAUGUUGUUCACAUUGAGAUGAUAAAAGCUUAUUUCAGUCUGAAACUUAAAUAAGUACAAUGAUCACUGAAAGAGUUUGUUUUACAGCUAAGUAGCCUAUAUAAGUCAGGAAAGCUGCGGUGUUUCACUGACACAGAAAAUGGGCUUUGAAAUCCAUCUCGAUUUAAUUAAAAGUUGGACUUCAUAUAACUGCUAUGAUUUCUAUUUAGAGUAACUGUUCUUCAGUGUGGAAAACAUGCAUUAAAAUGUUGUGGACUAUUUAUCUUCUGGCAUUGUUGUUAGAAACAAUGGUAAAACCCUAAAAUUAUGCUACGUGCCAAUGCAAAUGUCAAGUCCUUAGAUUAAUGGUGCUUAUGAGGAAUUUCCUCCAGAAACAUGAGCUGUUCAUCAGAAUUAUUUAUUUAUUAAUUACCAGCUAAUUAUGCAUACAACAUUAUUCGGUUCCCUUGGAAUUUUGUGGUCCUGUAAAAUAAUACCUGGCAAACGUUAUGACCAGGUAUAGGAUGACCUCUUUUCUGCAUUGAAACCUCAAAGGACUUUUUCAAGCUUUACGUGGAAAACAUUCUCAGUUAAUAAGUUGGGGUAACUGCAAAUUUGUUUUUGGUAAUUUAUUCUUGUUAUUUAAGAUAAGAAUUUGAAUACUUAAAUGUAGUCAUUUUCAGAAAGUACAAUACACUAUCUUGCCCUAUGCCUCAAACUAUUGAUCUUUAGAAUUGUGGGCUAGACUCAAAGAUUGGAAAUGCAAAGAUGAUUUGUAGCAACAGAAAAUAAUUUUAACUUGUGGGCACAUAAGAAUUUUUAAAUCAAUAUCAUACAAUUUAUCAUUAGAGGUAGGCUCUUCUGUGACAAAUGUAGCGCCCUUAAAAUAUUCCUUCACUUAAAAAUGUUUUGAUAGAUUGAUUGUGGUGUCUCCAUAUGUAAAAAUGAUGCAUUAUAUUUAAACAUGUUUAAUACAUGUUUAAAAGAAGUCAACAAUAAUGCACUCUACUUUACAGAUAAGUUAUUUAUACAGCGUUGACCUUUGAUGUCUGGGAGACUUGAUGGGCACAUUUUCAAGGAAUGUUGUUUCACACAUGUACCAGAAAUAAAAUACAAUUUCUAAAACU